AUGGCUCCGCCAUCCUACGUAGAUAUUGGAAGCUGGGCACGUAAUGUUCUUACUAAGGGUUACCACUUUGGGUUAUGGAAGAUUAUGUGCAAUGCGAAGACGACUGCUGGUCUCGACUUAAACUCAACUGGUUACUCCAAAGAGGAUGAUGGAAAAGUUUUUGGUCAACUUGAUUCAAAGUAUGUAAUUCCUGACUAUGGUUUGACUUUGAUUGAAAAAUGGAAUACCGAUAAUAAGUUAUUCGCCGAAGUCUCCUGUUCUGACAAAAUUGCUGAAGGGGUUAAGGUUGGCAUCAAGGGCAGUUAUGAAUUGAAUACACGUGAGAAGGAAGGUAAGAUAUUCGGUGCAUAUUCGCAUGAAAAUGUCAAGUUUGACAUCAGUUGUGACAUUGAUACGAAUGGUCCAAACGUUGAUGCAUCACUUGUUUUGGGUUACAAUUCCUUUCUGGGUGGCCUAUCAACUCAACUUAAUACACAAGACUGGAGUUUAAAUAAAAAUAAUUUUGCUCUUGGUUAUGAAAAGGAUGAAUUGGCCGUUCAUGUAGAGCUUAAAGACUUAGAAGAAUUCACUGGAGCAAUAUAUUAUAGAUGUGCUGAUAAUAUCGAAGCUGCACUGCAGGCCGAUCCAACUAAACAAAUGACAGUAGCACUAACCAGUGCCACCAGUACCAAUACCAGUGGCAGCCAUCUCAUUCAUACAAGCCGCACUGCAUUAUGUAUUGCACAAUUCAAAUGCAAUCAACUACGAUUUUACUACAUUUGUGCGGCGUGA